UACUCAUCUACUCCUACAUUAUUAUUCCCACAAAUUUUUUAACCUAUUUUCAUUUUAUUUUAUUUUAUUUGAAUUUAAUUUUGUUUAUUCAUACUUGUUCCAAAUUCUAUCUGCAUUAUUAUUUUGGUUUGUUAGGAAAGAACUAAGAACAUAAAAAAGUGUCGUAUUUUUUAAUUUUAUGUCACGUUCUUGAAUGUAUUGGUGACCCUUUUAGAUAUGCUUCGUUUUAACAACAGCAACAUCUACAGUUGGUCCAGUUAGUCACCCUCUUGAAGCAAGAAAAAAAAAAGAAUUUUUAGGUUAAAUAAUGAAAAACCCUAGAUCAAUUUAAUGUUUUUACAUGAUUUGAAAAUUACCCAGGUAGAAUUUUGGUUGUAAUUGUACUUGGUACUUUUUAUUUUUGUGAUUUGGACCCACUUUGUAGGAUAAUGUUGUAUGUGGGUUUUGGGUUAUUUUUAGAUCUGUGCUAGGUUUCACCUGAAACUAACAUAUUUAUGAAUUUAAUUUUUGGUUGUUUAUUGAAUAUUUGUGUAAAAAUUGAAACUUUUUUUGUUUCUGAUUUAGGGUUUUCAAGUGGUGUGGAUGCUGAGAUUUUAAUUUGUCAAUAAUCAGUGAAAUUUAGCUUCUGUUGGUUAUGUCCCAAGGCUGCUGAUUUUGUAAGGAUGGCAUUGCGAUUGUUUUUCGGGUGAUAUGGAAGUUCUCACGCAUUCUAUCCUCCUCUAUGCUGAAAAGUCUCGUCACUGUCAAGAGAAACCAGUCAUGGAGUCUGUGGAAGAGACAAAGUCCGAUUGCGAUAAACACACCAAACAAGGCCCUUUAGACGAGAAGUCGGACUGUAGUCUAGCGAUUUUGAAAGGGGCCAUACACACAAUGCAAUGCGAAGUUCAAAAUGUAGAUGGGGAAGCUUUUGUUGUAGAAGAGAGCGCUAAUGGGUCAUGCUGUAGUUCUGAUUUGAAUGGCCCAAAGUUAACUAGGGCUUUCCUUGAUCAUGGUGAUGAUAGUCUAGAGGAGCAGGUCCAAUAUAAAGAUGCGUGCCUUGAUUUUCAAAAUUCUCAUGUAGAUGUGAACACUAUUGAUAGUGAGCCACUUUCUGAAAAUAAGGAAGAGGAGUUGUCUAUAUCAGCAUCCAAGUGGCCGGAGCAAGGUGAAUCCCUAGCGUUAUGGGUCAAGUGGAGAGGGAAGUGGCAAGCUGGAAUCAAAUGCGAAAGGGCUGACUGGCCAUUAGCAACUGUUAAAGCAAAGCCGACUCAUGACAGGAAGAGUUAUAUUGUAAUAUUCUUUCCACACAAAAAGCAUUAUUCUUGGGCUGAUACGCUGCUUGUUUGUGCAAUUGACGAGCUUCCACAGCCUAUUGCACAUCGGUCACAUAAAAUUGGAGUUCAACUGGUUGAAGAUUUGACUGUUGCACGCCGCUUUAUCAUGAAAAAGCUAGUAAUUGGCAUGUUGAAUAUUGUUGACCAGCUGCCUAUUCAGGUGCUGGUUGAAACUGCUCGUGAUUUAGUUGUAUGGAGGGAGUUUGCUGCGGAGGCUUCUCGCUGUAAAAAUUAUCCUGAUCUUGGAAAAUUGCUCUUAAAGCUCCAGAAUAUGCUAUUACAACAGUACUUUGAUGCUAACUGGAUGAGACAUUCUUUCCAUCUGUGGGUUGAGAAAUGCCAGAAAUCCCUUAGUGCAGAUUCCAUUGAGCUCCUAAAGGAGGAGCUAGUGGAUUCUAUUUUGUGGAGUGAAGUCAACAGUCUUCGAGAUGCGCACGGGCAACCAGCAUUAGGUUGUGAAUGGAAAACGUGGAAGAAUGAAGUCAUGAAAAGUUUUUCAAUUACUCAUACUGUGUCCGGCAGUGGAGGCAUCGAACAGACAAGAAAAAAUGGUGUAGAGCAUACUAGUGUUAUUCCAUCAAUCACAAGUCUUCAAAUUAGCCGAAAGAGACCUAAGCUCGAAGUACGGCGUGCAGAGCCCCACAGUUCAGUUGUUGAAAAAAAGAGCCGUCAGGAAAAUACCAUUCUUGAGAUUGAAUCGACUUUUUUUGCUGGUGAAAGCACUAUGACUGCCAAUAAUGCGCACAUGCCUUCUAACAUUGCACAAUCUUUCUCUCUGAGUAAUGUCGUGGAUAGUAUGGAUGAUGUCGUGCUUGAUACUUCAUUUACGGACCCCACUCCGAAAGAAGAUAAUAGAUUUGAAAUCGCGAACGGGAUUUUUGAUACAAAAUCCGUUGGUUCUAAGGUCAAGAGUAGGCAAUGCGUUGCUUAUAUUGAGGCAAAAGGAAGGCGAUGCGUGAGGUGGGCUAAUGAUGGUGAUCAUUACUGUUGUGUUCAUUUGACUUCUCAUUUUGCAGCAGAAUCUUUCAAAUCAGAGUUCACUUCACCAGUUGAAGCAUUUAUGUGUCAAGGAACCACCAAUCAAGGUAGCAAAUGCAAGCAUCGCUCAUUGCCGGGCACUUCUUUUUGUAAAAAACACCGUCUUAAUGCUGAUGGAACAUUGUCUUCAAAUACACCCGGAAGUACAUUGAAGAGAAAACAUGAGCUGCUAGACAAAACCGAGAACACAUGCAAGGAAAUUGUCAUGUUUGAGGAAGCUCAAAGACCUCUUGAAGAGCAUUUGACUUUGACCUCACUUAAUGGGGGGAAUGCAUCUAGUGAAGGAAAAGCUGUUCAUAUGCUUCUGGAGCUGGUCGAGGACUCUAACAGUAAGAAUAUGGAGGUUGCCUUUUGUGUUGGUUUGGGCAUGGAGGAAGGCCAUGCUGAAUGCCGAGAGAGCCCCAAGAGACAUUCACUCUACUGUGAGAACCAUAUACCAAGUUGGCUGAAACGCGCUAGAAAUGGUAAAAGUAGGAUAGUCUCAAAAGAAGUGUUUCUUGAUCUUCUGAAGACUUGUUCUUCCCAGAAGGAAAAACUGCAUUUGCACCAAGCAUGUGAGAUUUUCUUCAAGUUCUUCAAAAACAUAUUAUCCAUAAGAAACCAAGUUCCCCGAGAGAUUCAAUUUCAGUCGAUGUUAUCAGAAGCUUCUAAAGAUUUACAUGUUGUGGAAAUAUUACGGAAGUUGGUUUCCAUGGAAAAAGAGAGGCUGAUUAGAAUAUGGGGCUUUAAUCUGGACAAGGAAGCACAAAUAUCCCGUUCUCCAGUUGAGGAACAAGCUAUGGUUACUGUAGUAGAGGGGGCUGAUGAUGAUGGAAGUUUCAAAUGUAAAAUUUGCUUCGAAGAGUUUUCCGAUGAUCAAUCACUUGGGACCCAUUGGAUAGAUAGUCACAAUAAGGAAGCACAGUGGCUUUUCAGGGGCUAUGCUUGUGCAAUUUGUCUUGAUUCGUUUACUAAUAGGAAGGUUCUUGAGACACAUGUACAGGAAAGACACCAUGCUCAGUUUGUUGAGCACUGCAUGCUUAUUCAGUGUAUUCCUUGUGGCAGUCAUUUUGGUAAGUCCAAUGAGCUAUGGUCACAUGUUUUAUCGGUACACACCGAAGGUUUUAGACAGUCGAAAAAAGGGGACAAUGGUCUCCAGUUGGCGGACACCCAACAGAAACCUACUCUGUUGAACCCUCCUUCUGUUGACAAUUCUGAAAGCCAGAGCAGUAUACGAAAGUUUAUUUGUAGGUUCUGUGGUCUAAAGUUUGAUCUGCUGCCUGAUUUAGGUCGCCACCAUCAGGCAGCUCAUAUGGGGCCAAGUUUAGUCAGUUCUCGUCCAAAGAAAAAAGGUCUCCGCUUUUAUGCCUAUAAACUUAAAUCAGGAAGACUAAGCCGUCCUAGAUUUAAAAAGGGUCUUGGUGGAACAUCUUAUAGACUCAGAAAUAAGGGUAGCAUAGUUUUGAAAAAACGGUUGCAGCCCAUUAAUCGUAUAGGUACUGGAGGUUUAAAUGUUCCUUCUCAUGUAAUGGAUACGACAAGCAUAGUUCGACCAACUGAGGCUCAGUGCUCGGCCAUUGCAAAAAUGUUGUCUUCUAAAGCACAAAAAACAAGACCUCGCCCUAGUAAUCAUGAAAUAUUGUCGAUUGCGCGUUCUGCUUGCUGCAAAUAUAGUGUUCAGAGGUCUCUGGAGCAAAAAUAUGGUGAAUUGCCUGCUCGUUUAUACUUGAAAGCAGUUAAACUUUGCAGUGAGCAUAAUACUCCUGUAAGUUGGCAUCAAGAGGGGUAUAAUUGCUCUAAAGGAUGCAAACCCAUGGAAGAUCAAGCUUUGGGGUCUGUUUCGUCUUGCCCUUUUAAUGAUCAUGGAAUAGCGGAUAAUACAUCGUCAAAUUCACUUCAAGAUGAGUGUGAAAUGGAUGAGUGUCAUGUCGUCUUACACCCACAUCAUUUUAAGUGGAGACAUUUUCAAACAACUAUUAUCUUGUGUGAUGAUAUCAGCUUCGGACAAGAAAGGGUACCAGUUCGUUGUGUCGUAGAUAAAGAUCUGAUCGAUUUGCUUCAUAAUCCAGUAUAUGAUUUUGACGGACAAGUCGUUUUCAUGCCUUGGGAGAGCUUUACGUAUGUUACAAAGCCAUUGUUGGCGAAAUCCUUUGAUGUCAAUAUGCAGAAUUUGCAGUUGGGAUGUCGCUGUUUACAAUCAGCUUGCUCUCCCAAUAAAUGUGAUCAUGUCUACUUGUUCAACAAUGACUAUGAGAAUGCGAAAGAUAAAAAUGGCAUGCUUAUGGAGCAAAGAUUUCCCUAUGAUGAUAAUGGUUGCCUAGUUCUUGAGGAUAAUUACCUUGUUUAUGAAUGCAAUCACUUGUGUAAGUGUAGUAGCAAAUGCCCAAAUAGGGUCCUACAAAAAGGGGUUAGAGUGAAAAUGGAAGUCUUCAAAACAAAGAAGGAUUGGGCUGUCCGAGCGUGUGAAAAAAUAUUGUGCGGAUCGUUUGUAUGUGAAUUUGUCGGUGAGGUAUUAGAUGAACCGGAAGCCAGUAGAAGACGUAAAAGGUGCGGAAAAGAAGGUUGUGGUUAUUUCUAUGACAUGGCAGCUCAUUUUCAACGUGUAAGUGAAUGGAUGGAGGGUAAAGGCAAGUACAUUAUUGACGCUACAAAAUAUGGAAAUGUUUCACGGUUCAUUAAUCACAGCUGCUGCCCCAACCUUGUUAGUCACCUGGUCGUUGUGGAAAGCAUGGAUUUUCAACUUGCGCAUGUCGGUUUCUACGCGAAGAAGGAUAUAGCUGCAGGGGAUGAACUUAGUUUCGACUUUCAAUAUGAGUCGCAUGCUGGAGAUGGACGUACUCACUUCAACUUGUAGAGGCCGCCUUCAGUAAUAGUAUUAGCAUAAGUUUUUAGGCAUCAAUUGUUGAAUAGAAGCUGUUUUACGGCAUUGUAGCUGUAUUUUCCGUUCCUUUCAUCGACUUAUUUGGUAGAGCUCAGCCAAUGCCAUGCGUUGUCGUAUAAGCCGUCCUUGGUCCUCCUGUAAAUUGAUUGUUUCAUUCUCUUUAGCUUUGUUUACAAUCAUCCAUUUCUAAUAUCUGUUUAGCUGCA